UUGACACACUUAACCACGUUGUUCGCAGUUUGGCCGCCAUCUCCAACCACAAGCCACCACUUAAAGUUCGAUCCCUUCUGCUUCGCUGGCCCAAUCCCACCAAUAAUGAAAAGCAAUGAACGACGCCGCGUGGAAGUGGCAACCCCGCAUCACUUUUCUUGUCUUCUCCCCAUGAGGAGGGUCCCACACUUCCAAGGCUGAGAUUCCAUUAGAGAGGAAAAGAUCUCUGAAUGGAGAACAAAACAAGUGGACUCUGUUGCAGCCAGAGUACUGAUUGAGGGAGCUGAAGAAGGAAAACCCAAAAUGCUCAAGCUAAGCCUCCACUGCGCUCGGCCGCCCCGAGGCGUUCGACAAGCUCAGGCUAUAGGAUGCACCGGCGAACGCCUCGCUCGAGCCAUAGGAUGCAGCCGCCAGUACAGGUCGCUGCAGGUGAUUAAGUACCACAAGGCCCUGAAGCCAUUUGGCAGGAUUUUCGUUAAGGCCACCUUGAAAGACGGUGCUGAUGGCGGAACGAGCAGCUUCCCGGGUCAGAGCUGGCAACCUGACGCCGAAAUCGGGGUCCCUUUUGAGCAAAGGCCGGUAAAUGAAUACUCCAACUUGAAAGAGUCGACCUUGUACUCGUGGGCGGAGCUGGGUACGGGGCCCUUUUUCCUUCGUCUUGGAGGGCUGUGGCUGGUAACUCUCACCGUUCUUGGAGGUCCAAUUGCAGCUGCAAGUUUCGAUCCAACAAAGGAUCCCUUCAGGUUCACGCUGGCAGCCGGGACAGGAACACUGUUCCUCGUUUCAUUAAUUGUCUUAAGAAUUUAUCUGGGAUGGAGUUACGUUGGUGACAGACUUCUAUCUGCUGUGAUACCGUAUGAGGAGACUGGAUGGUAUGACGGCCAGAUGUGGGCGAAGCCACCGGAGGUUCUGGCUCGUGAUAGACUACUGGGCUCUUACAAGGUUAAACCCGUCAUCAAGAUGCUGAAACAAACUCUGGUGGGGACGGGAGCGUUACUGGUUGCAGGUGUGUCACUGUUCAUAUUUGCUACACCAGUAGAAGAUUUCUUCCAGACCACCUUUCUCAUGAGGGAAAGACGAUAUGACAAUCCAGCAACAGAAAUCAAUGGAAAAUAUAACCUAAGAAAAGAGGAGCUGCUUCAAUUACCUGGAGAAGUCAAGACUGACGAUGAUUUAGCGGCAGCUGCUGCCAAAGCUGCUGAUGGAAGACCAGCGUACUGCAGAGACAGAUAUUAUCGAGCAUUAGCUGGUGGGCAAUACUGCAAAUGGGAAGAUCUCCUGAAGUAA